AUGGACGUGCAAAUGGAAGACCGCAGUGGCGGCAAUGCGUCGCAUGAGGAGAAGUUCCGCGUGUACAAUAGUGCACUCCAGCACGCAGCAACGUGCGGUGAGUCCAAGUGCGAGGCGCUCAGCGGUCGCUGUCACAAGGUCAAGGCCAGUAUCGACCACUUUGUGCGGUGUUAUGGCCCCCGACGCAAGGUUUCUCCUAUCGAGAGCUGUGCUAUGUGUUCCAAAAUUUGGGGCCUGCUCUGUUUUCAUGCGAAAACGUGUGAGGUGCCUCUGGGCCAACGCUGUGCCGUGUCACAGUGUGACUAUUUACGGGACAAAAUCGCUCGUAAACGCGAGAGCGACCGACGGGAGCUGCAGGAAGCCAAGGCCAAGGUCCAAAUCAAGUUUGAAGAGUGGCCAGUGGAGAGACGGAUUGCACAGGUGGAAGCCGAUCGACAGCAAGUUUUGCAGCUUAUUGCGGAUAUUCGAGCGGGGAAAGCGCGUCAGCUGCAACAAAUGCAAGUUCAACAGCAGCAGCGGCCGAUGAUGUCCAGGAGCUGA